AUGGGGACACUCAGCGGCGCUGAACGCCGCGCCAAGGCCCUCAAGGGCGUCGUGCGAAUCUUCGCAGUCUCCGACAUCCACGUAGACUACCCCGUGAACCUUGAGUGGGUGGAUGCCCUCGCGGCGAGGACCGACCUCGCGAACGACGUCCUCAUCCUCUGCGGCGACGUUUCGGACCGCCUGCCACUCCUCCGCCACACUCUCCACCAGCUGUCCUCCGCCUUCGGCCUAGUCGUGUUCGUUCCGGGCAACCACGAGCUCUGGGUGCGCGGCGAGAUCGCCCGCGGGGACCCGGUGGACUCCCCCGGCCGCCUCGCGUGGAUCGGCGACACCUGCGAGGAGCUCGGGAUCGCAAUCAAGCCCGUCCGCGUAGGCGCCUGCAUGAUCGUGCCUCUGCUGUCGUGGCAUCACAAGAGCUUCGACACGGAGCCCGACGUGGACGGCCCGACCGCGCGGCUGUUCGCAUGCGCGGACUACAAGGCGUGCAGGUGGCCCGACUGGGUGCCGGGCGCGGACAGGAACGGGUCGGAAGAGCUCGCCGCGUGGGUUGACGCGUUGAACGACGUCGGGCGCGACGUUCCGGGGAGCAGCGACGUCGUGGGUGGAUCUGAGGGGGCUCAAGAUGUGGCGCGAGCGCUGGGCCGGGGGCUGACGGCGCUGGGCGCCGCAGAGGUUGCCAGGCAGCACAGCCUGCAUGUCAUCACGACGGCGCACUUCCUGUCCGACAUCCGCCUUCUGCCGGAGAAGAGGUUCCUGUAUCUGCCGGCGCUCGCGAAAGCGUGCGGCUCGCUGCCGCUGGCCGCGCGGCUCCGCGCCGUGCGGAACGCCGCUGGCGGCGGCUGCGGUGUCGCGUCUACGCAUGUGUUCGGGCACAGCCACUUCGCGUGGGAUACCGGUGCGGAGGACGCGUGGGAGCGCGGGGCGGGGCUCGGCGACGGCGCGAGGUACAUGCAACUCCCGCUGGCGUACCCCGACGAGCGGGCGCGCCGAUUGCCAUCCCUGAUGCCUGCGCCGGGCGUGCAUGCGGCGCGCGGGGGCUUCGAGGCCGACCGCGACAGCAUCGAGAGGGCGUGCGAGGACGUGGAUCACGUCCGCUCGCCGUGGCUGCCCGCGUGCGUGUACACCACGCUCUGUGGUGACAGCGACGCAGGGGGCGCCGAGGCGGGCGAGGCGCGCUCCGUCGUGGGCCCCGCGCCGCGCAUGGCGUGCAGUUGGAGCUCGUACUACGAGCACCGAGCGCGGACGCCCGAGGACGUGACGGUGGCGCCGUGGGUGGCACGGCGGCGAGCACGGCGGCGUGAGGACCUCAGCUGA